UAAAUACCCUUGGCACGGAUCCUCUGCAAUCUCUCUCUCUCUCUCUCUCUCUCUGCACAAACCCUAGGAAAACCAGGCGCGCGCUCUGUGAAAAUCUAGAUCUCUUUCUCUCGAUACGAGAACGUAGAUCUCUCUGUCCACUGCCCUAGGAUUCCAUAGAUGGACGACAGCUGUGCAGUCUGCGCUGAGCCCCUGGAAUGGGUGGGCUACGGAUCGUGCGGCCACCGAGAGGUCUGCUCAACCUGCGUGGCUCGUCUUCGAUUCGUCCUCAACGAUCACCGAUGCUGCAUCUGCAAGAUGGAGUCCCAAUCCGUCUUCGUCACCAAGGCGCUGGGAGAUUAUACAAGGACAAUAAGUGAUUUUUCUGUCUUCCCAAGUGAUGCUACAGAGGGUCGAGUAGGAGAAUAUUGGUACCAUGAGGACACGCAAGCAUACUUCGAUGACGUGGAUCACUACAGGAUGAUUAAGGCGAUGUGUAGGCUCUCAUGCAGCAUUUGUGAUAAAUAUGGAGAGGAACAAGGGAGUGAUGGGGUAAAGAGAAGGAGCAAGUUCAGAAACAUUGAGCAAUUGAAGGGCCAUUUAUACCACAGGCAUAGAUUGGUCAUGUGCAAUUUAUGCUUGGAAGGGAGAAAGGUAUUUAUUUGUGAACAAAAGCUUUAUACUAGAGCACAGUUGAAUCAACACAUAAACACUGGUGAUUCAGAGGUGGAUGGCAGUGAGAAUGAACGGGGUGGCUUCUCAGGGCAUCCUAUUUGUGAGUUCUGCAGAAGCCCAUUUUAUGGAGAUAAUGAGCUGUACUUACAUAUGUCUACUGAACACUAUACUUGUCAUAUAUGCCAAAGGCAGCAUCCGGGACAAUAUGAAUAUUACAAAAAUUAUGAUGACUUAGAGAUUCAUUUCCGCAAUGAACAUUUCCUGUGUGAGAAUGAAGCAUGCCUUGUCAAGAAGUUUGUUGUUUUUCAAUCAGAAUCAGAAAUGAAGAGGCAUAAUACUAUUGAACAUGGGGGGCACAUGUCUCGCUCUAAGCGCAAUGCUGCACUUCAGAUACCAACGAGCUUCCGAUAUCGGCGCAAUAGUGUUCAGGAUCAGCGCCGAGGAAGAGGACGUGGAUCCCGUCCUGAUUCAUCUGACGAUCAAUUUUCCUUGGCCAUUCAAGCAAGUAUUGAAACUGCCAAUGCAGACAACUUGAAUCAUGUCCCUUCAAGUUUGCAGUUAGUUGACGAUCAUGGGGAGGUGAGUGAAAUUGGUGCUGCCUUGGAUCCAUUUGAAUCAUUAGUCAUCACGCCAGAUUCAGAGCCAUCCUCAAGGUACCUUCAGGCGGCGGCUGCCCAAAGUUUGAAUGCUCCUCUGGAAGCAUCUUCCUUUCCUCCUCUCUCUGGGGCACCAAGCAGUAGCCAACAGAUGCCCAAACAUGAUUCAGAAGGACCACAGGGGAGCACGAUGGCAGCCCGCCUUCGUCGCAAGCAGGGUGGUGUAAGGGUUCUCAACAAGGACGGUGAAAGGGUUCUCAACUUUGGCAGGGGUAGACCUAGAACAGGUGUAUUUCUUCCAUCUAGUUCUGCAACCCCCAGUUGGCCGGCAAUAAAUCAUGGACCGAUAUCAUCUAGUUCUUCAAGUUCAUCCCAGGCAAGGCCAGCAACCAUUCAUGGACAUGCAGAACCCAGCUCUGCAAGUUGCCCGUGGAAUUCAAGUAGUAUCGGUAGGGUUAGCCACUCUGUAUCAGCUCCUAACCUUGUCGAUAGAGGUUCAUCAAGCUCUUCCAUGUCUGGUAAGGUUGCUUCUUCAGGAAGCAGCCAUAACCAAGUGCAGCCUGCAAUUGGCCAGCACUUGCUGAAUGUGGAAGAUGUUCAGACUGCAAAUAAGUCUUUGGUGGAGAGGAUUCGAGCUGCGUUAGAAAUGGAUGAAAACAAGUACACGGCUUUUAAGGAGAUCUCGUCAGAGUAUCGCCAAGGUGUAAUUGGUACGCCAGAGUACCUUGCAUAUGUACAGCAGUUUGGGCUUUCUCAUCUCGUUCUUGAGCUUGCUAAGCUGUGUCCUGAUCCUCGGAAGCAGAGAGAGCUUGUCGAGACUUAUAAUGCCAGUUUGCGGAGUGAUGGCCCGCAAGAAAAUGGCAUUGGCAAUAGCAGUGGCACAAAAGGUGGCAAGGGUUCUCGCAAGGGGAAAGAUAAAUUCAUGGAUGGUGCAGAAAUUAAUGCAAAGGAUAUAUUGGCAGAUAGUGUUAUAAACACAGUGAGGAAACUGCAGGCAAGCUACAAGCCUUCAGAGGAGGUGGAGGUAUUGUUGAAAGAUGGGUACCGUGCUGCCAAGGGAAAACCAAUGGUGUCUUCGAUGGAAGAGCGAGCAGAACCAACUUCUGCUAGUUUGGGAGCGGCCGAUUUGAGCAGCAACAAUGAAUCUCAGUCAAAUGGUGGUGGCUCUAACCAGAAUUUGGGCGGUGGAGGAAACACCAAACAGCGACGGAAGACAUCAAAGUUUCAUAGAGUCCGUCUUGGUGAUGGCUCAGCAGCAGCUCUUUUUGGCAUUGGGCGUUCGGGUGUGAGCCCUGAACGCGAGGAAGAAACGGCAGAAAACGUGGACCCAUCCGAAGGUUUGCCAGUUCGUGGUGUUUGGAAGAAUGGCGGUGGACAAAAGCUCGUAGCACGAACUCAGAAGGGUCCCGCGAAAUGACACCUUUUUUUGGUUGGGAGUUAUUUGCCGGAUUU